CAACCUGUGUGGCCCUGAGGAGAUUGGGGGCUUAGGCAGCGUGUUCCAGAGUAUUCCAGGAGGCAGUGGUCUUCACCAUGGGCAACAAGCAUACCGUGUUCACUCAUGAGCAGCUGGAAGCGUAUCAGGACUGCACCUUCUUCACGAGGAAGGAAAUCAUGAGGCUCUACUAUCGCUAUCAGGACCUGGCCCCCCAGCUUGUCCCUCUCGACUAUACCAGCUGCCCUGACGUGAAGGUGCCCUACGAGCUCAUUGGCACCAUGCCUGAGCUGAAGGACAAUCCCUUCCGUCAGAGGAUUGCCCAGGUCUUCUCGGAGGACGGGGAUGGUCACAUGACCUUGGACAACUUCCUGGACAUGUUUUCUGUGAUGAGCGAAAUGGCUCCCCGCGACCUCAAAGCCUACUACGCUUUUAAAAUUUAUGACUUUAACAAUGAUGACUACAUCUGCGCUUGGGACCUGGAGCAGACGGUGACCAAGCUGACGCGGGGGGAGCUGAAUGCUGAGGAGGUCAGCCUGGUGUGUGAGAAGGUGCUGGAUGAGGCCGAUGGGGACCACGACGGGCGGCUGUCCCUGGAAGACUUCCAGAACAUGAUCCUUCGGGCACCAGACUUCCUCAGGUGA